GAUCCUCAUUCAAUUCAUGAAAACACACAUCAUUUUAAGACAAAACUCAAAUUAAGAAUAUACCUUCUUUGUUCAAUUUUGAUUCUUCCAAUUCCAAACUCGAACUAGUACCAAUGAUUUCUACAUGGAGAAAAAGAAGAGCUGGGCGCCGUGCCGCUAAGGAGCAACAACGAGGCGAGAAUGGAGACAUGGAGCUUAUUACCAUACCAAACCAUUUUCGAUGCCCCAUUUCUCUAGACUUCAUGAAAGACCCGGUCACGUUGUCGACGGGGAUUACGUAUGAUCGUGAUAGCAUCGAGAAGUGGAUAGAGGCCGGGAACCAUACCUGUCCCGUUACAAACCAAGUGUUCAGGAGUCUUGAGCCUAUUCCAAAUCAUACCAUAAGGAAGAUGAUACAAGAUUGGUGCGUUGACAAUCAAUCCUAUGGCAUUGAGAGAAUCCCCACACCUCGGAUUCCGGUUAGCUCAACGGAGGUUUCGGAAAUUCUUUCAAAGAUUACUAUGGCAAGUAAACGUGAAGACCAAGUUUGGUGCCGAGAGUUGGUGGCGAAGAUCAAAGCCUUGGUGAAGGAAAGUGAGCGUGACAAACGGUGCAUUAUGGGCAGUAAGGCAGGUAGUGUUAUCUCAGCUGCGUUUGAAACAUUUUCAAUAGCGCCGUCUUUCGAUAAAAAUGUUGCGGUAUUGGAGGAAAUCCUAUCGGCUUUAACCUUGCUUUCACCAAUUGAUGAAGAGGCCAAGUGUUAUCUUGGAUCAGCUGCUUCUUUGCAUUGCAUGGUAUGGUUUUUGAAAGGUGGAGAUUUGUCAGCAAGAAGAAGUGCGGCUUUGGUCUUAAAAGAGGCUAUUUCAUCGAAUGAGCGCGUAAUAGAUGCGUUAGCAGAGAUAGAAGGAGCUUUAGAAGCAUUGGUGAAGCUAAUUAAAGAGCCCAUUUGCCCUACGGCCACAAAAGCUUCAUUGAUGGUCAUUUAUCAUAUGGUUAAUUCCUCAUUUCCAAAUGAGACCAUUAUAGAAAGAUUUGUUGACAUGGGCUUGGUCUCUUUGCUCUUAGAAAUACUUGUAGAUGGCGAAAGACGCAUCUGCGAGGAGGCAUUGGGUGUUCUUGAUGGGCUAUGCAGUAGUGACAUAGGGAGAGAUAAGGUCUUCAACAAUGCUUUGAGCAUGCCGGUUUUAGUUAAGAAGUUAUUACGGGUAUCGGAUUUGGCAACUGAGUUCUCGGUCUCCAUCAUUUGGAAGCUCUGCAAGAAUGAACAGAAGGAAGAAGGAGGAGGUGUUCUUAUUGAAGCACUUCAAGUAGGUGCGUUUCAGAAGCUCUUGCUGCUCAUACAGGUUGGCUGUGCGGAGAAAACAAAGGAGAAGGCUACGGAGCUGUUGAAAUGGUUGAAUCUUCAUAGGGAUAGGUUGGAGUGUAUUGAUUCAAUGGAUUUUAAGGAUCUGAAAAGGCCCUUUUGAUUCAUGCGGCAACCAAAUUUGUCUUGUUUGUGGACGUCCUACUCAUUUUUUCAGAGUUCAAUGUACAAAAUAUAUCAUUUAUACUGAAAUACAUAAUAUAUACUGCCAAAAAUUUAGAGGUCUA